GGCAGAAUUUUGCGGCCUCGCUGCAUGUUAAUGAAUGCCAAAUAGGCAAUAGCUUUUAACCCAAGCAUAUCAAGGAAAAAGUAGAAUAGCUUAUUAUCUAUCUACCUGAUUGCAUAUUCUGUUUAUAGUCGGCCCAAGGAUUAGGGGAGUGAAUCCAGACUCAGUGCCACAAUGUCUUCAAAAGCAGAAGCAGAGUUCAUCUAUGAAGAUUUUGUUCUGCAUACUGCUCCAGAGAAGUUUUUCAUUGAACCUCUUCAGGCUCCAAAUGAAGUUCUGGUGAUCGACCGAGUAUCGCGGGACAUCGCUCUCCACAAUGGCAUCACGGUGCCGCCGAUCGCCAGCCGCCAGCGCAUCUGCGGCCUGCUGGGCACUGUGCGGCUGCUCUCCGGCCCCUACCUGGUGGCCAUCACGCGCAAGGCGCGCGUCGGCGAGCUCAACAAGUGCACCAUCUGGCGCGUGGAACACACCGAGAUCAUUCCGUUCUCGCGCACCACCACGCACCUGACUGAGGCGCAGGAGCGGUUCAACACCCAGUAUGUCAACAUGCUGGAGAUGGUGCUGCGCCAGCCGCACUUCUACUUUUCCUACACAUACGACAUCACGCAGACCAUCCAGCGACUGCACAACACCACGCCCGAGUUUUUGCAGAUCCCGCUACACGAGCGGGCCGACCCGCGCUUCGUCUGGAACAGCCAUCUGCUGCGCGACCUGGCGGCGCGGCCCGGGCUCGGUCGCUUCUGUCUGCCCGUCGUCCACGGCUUCGUCUCCAUCAAACAGUGCAGCCUGAAUGGACACCCGUUCAGCUGGUCGUUGGUGUCACGUCGCAACUGCUCCCGCGCCGGCACCAGGAUGUUCAUGCGAGGAAUCGACUCGGGCGGCAACGUGGCCAACAUGGUGGAAACGGAGCAGAUCGUCGAGUUCCAGGGCGACAAAAACUCAUUCGUGCAGACGCGCGGCUCCAUCCCGCUGUUCUGGUCCCAGUACCCGAACCUGCGCUACAAGCCGACGCCCACGCUCUCGGAGCGCGACAACCACCAGGAGGCGUGCACGCGCCACUUCGACGCUCAGCUCUUCAACUACGGCAAACAAGUGGUCAUCAACCUGAUCGACCAGAAGGGCGCCGAGAAGAAGCUGGGCGAGUCGAUGUCGUCGCACAUCCGCCAGCUCAACACGCCCAACGUGCGGUACGAGGCGUUCGACUUCCACCACGAGUGUCGCCACAUGCGCUGGGACCGGCUCUCCAUCCUGAUGGACCGCAUCGCCGAGGAGCAGGAGGAGAUGGGCUAUUUCCUGAUGACGAGGGACGGCGUUCUGGCGCGCAUGCAGGACGGUGUGUUCCGCACCAACUGCAUCGACUGCCUGGACCGCACCAACGUGGUGCAGAGCAUGAUCGCACACCGGCAGCUGCAGCAGGCGCUCCAGCGCCUGUCGAUCCUGCGGGAGGACCAGCGGCUGGAGGAGCACUCGGGCUUCGAGUUCCUCUACAAGAACGUGUGGGCCGACAACGCCGACAUGAUCUCCAUCCAGUACUCGGGUACGCCGGCGCUCAAGACCGACUUCACGCGCACCGGCCAGCGCACAAAGCUGGGCCUGGUCCGCGAUGGCUACAACUCGCUCUGUCGCUACGUCAAGAACAACUUCAAGGACGGCUUCCGUCAGGACUCGAUCGACCUGUUCCUGGGAAACUACCAGGUGGAGGAGGACGAGGGCACGGCACGGCCGUCGCCGCUGGCCGGCGAGACCGACUGGAGGUUCACUGUUCUGCUCGCGAUCCUGCUCGGCAGCGUCUUCAUGUUCCUCACCACCGUCCUAGUGCCAUCUGCGUACUCGGCCGAGACCCUGCUGUACAUGCUGUUCUGGGGACUGAUGGCGUACGGCACGACGGCCGUCAUCCUGGUGUACGGCGGCGAGUUUGUGCAGAACCCGCGCCUCUGCCCGCGCCGGCCGCGCGCCAAGCUCGGCCGAGCGUAGCCCCAGGGCGCCGGCCUUCUGUCGACCGCCGGGUCAGACGACUCUCGCCGUCCGCCCGGCGCCGGACCACGUGACUCCUGCCGUCCGCCGGGCACCGGACCACGUGGCCGGCGGCCGGCGGCACCGCGGCUCAGCCUGCCCGGCGGCUUUCCAGCUCGUUUACGGCCUCCCUCUAGCAGAUUUAUGGAGCGUUGAUUCGGCUUAUCUUAUGCGUCGCCGCGACCCUCUUGCGGUAGAAGUAUAGCUCAUCUCCGGACGGUACGGACGCCGCGGCGAUUUGGCUUGUCUCUGGUGCCCACGUGCUUGUUUUGACUAGCGAGCGCUGCUCCGGCUGCACAAGCUGUACGUCAGCUCACCGGUCCUAACUCCCCCAGUGCCGAGACCGCCAGUCGGAGCGGGGCUGGGGCUCUGCUCUGGGGUGUGGUGGCUUGCCCGCCAGUGGCUUCAGCUCCAGCGUGGCCUGGGCCUGACUUAGCUCAUCUCAAGGCACGGCUGGGGCUCUCCCCUGAGGUGUCGUGGCGUGCUCCCCAGCGGCUGCAGCAGUCCCGGCUCGGCUCUGACCGGCGUCAGCUGGUGCCGGAGUGGUGCGGGGGCGGCUCACCGGACCGUGACCCGGCCGUCCCCGCGGCUGGUGCGCGUGACCGCCGCGUGGGAGGGUGCCGUGCCCCGAGCUCCGGGGUCGCGAGCCAGCCGCGGCCCGAUAAUCUCCUCGCGGCGGCGAGCGGUGAGAAGCGGCCCGAGAACGAAGCCGUGACCGGGCGCGGUGUGGUCUGGCCCCGGGCGCCGUUCCGUCUUAUUUGGGAAGGCGUGUGGUAGCUAGGGGGUAUGCUGGCGUCAGCUGACUGGUACAGCGGGGAAUAUUAAUAAAUGGUGCGACCGUAUGUUGGGAAAUCCUAUAAUACAGGCACGUUUUAUUUGUUUUGUCCUUUUGUCUUCUCCGAUUUGCGUCCAACUGCGUCCUCUCUGCAUGCGUUGGGACCAUCUGUACUAUGCACGACAUUUUGCAUGCACCACCACCGGUUUUACUGAAUUAUGUUGACGCUCGUCUCUCUGGUGUGUGUGCGUGUGGUGACAUCAACGAUGUGCAGGAUCACGAACUUCUGGUGUUGAUCUGUGAGCGGGGCCUUUGCAAACGUAUGCGAAGUUUUACUGCGCGUGGCACGACCUAACGUGUGGCCCGGCGUGUGAGAGCCUGGCAGUGACGGCGUCGGGCGUGCUCGGGUUCUGUAGCGGGCGCGGAGAUGUAACCUAAUAAAAUGUU